GCGUUAUGUUGUUCCUGGUGGUCUAUUUGGGUAAGAAGAGAUCUUGAGGCUGUAAAGCUCUGCUGAAGGAAGUGGAAUUGAAAGCAAGAGGGCUUGGCCGUUGGAAAAGCAUCUUGGGAAAAGGCUAUCUGACUAAGAAAACAGGAGGAAGGAGGGAGGAGGGAGGAGGGAGGAGAAGGGACGGUGCGAAGAAGUCAUGGCAAGCAUCUUGAAGAAGAUUGGUGAGGCUUUCACCUUUGGAAAGCCGACCGCCGAUUUCAAGGGGAUGAAGAUACCGCACAUCUCAACAAAAGACAUCAAAUUGGUCUUCCACAUCGAGGUGAAGAACCCGAACCCGAUCCCGAUCCCUCUCUGCGACAUUGUGUACAAAAUCGUGAUCAAUGACCGAGAGUUUGUCAAGGGGACCAGUCCCGAUGCUGGGACAUUGCACUCUCACGACUCCAAGGUGAUUGAUAUCGGGGUGGAUCUUGUCUUCAAGGACAUCCGCGACACAUUUACCGACUUGCAGCCCGGCUCAAUGGUGAAUUAUUUGCUCAGGGCCACUUUUCUUGUGGAUAUCCCUGUCUUUGGGCGAUUCGAGAUACCGAUCGAUCACGACGGUGAAUUUCCGAUGCCAGCGAUACCCGAUAUAGAUGUGGACGAAAUAGAUUGGGUUGAUUUGUCGUUUACGGAGACGAAGGCGGUGGCGUACGUAAAGCUGGAGAAUUUAAACAAAUUCACGAUGAAAAUCAAGACCUUUGAGUACAAGUUGUAUCUGACGGACGAUCUGAUCUCUGAGGGGAUGAUGGACCCGUCGAUGGGACUGGCGGAGAAGGAGGUGACCAGGCUGACGGUCCCGUUCACGUUCCGACCCAAGGACAUGGGCCGGGCGAUUUGGGACAUAAUAAGAGGGCAUGAAUCUGGGUACACAUUGGAGGGAAAAGUGACCGUGGAAUCGCCGUUUGGUCCCAUUGAGCUUCCAUUUAAGAAGGGAGGCGCUACGACGUUGAAGAAGGCGAGAUCGACGGAUGAAGAGACGGUGAAGGAGGAGGCUGAGAAGAGUGCGGCGGCUGCUGCCGCUGAUGUCGAUCAGACUGACUAUUACGCAUGACCGGUUCUUUGAUGACCAUUUGAGAGGUGGGGAGGAGGGGGGGGGGGGGAG